AGAGAGGAAGUGGGGGAGGAAAUGGGGGAAGGAAAGAGAGCACGCGAGGGUGUAUAGGAAGUGAUGAGCGUGAGUAAGUGGAAGGGUCGGUGUCAGUCGUGUCUGGGCGACGCUAGCGAGAGGCAGCACCACCAACACAGUAGCAGCAGCAGCAGCAGCAGCAACUCUACCGCCGCAACUUAGCCUCUGCUUGCACACUUCACACAUCCCGAGGCAUCAGCUCAGAGCACCACUCCGCCGAGAACCCCCGAACACGAGGUGCCGCAGAGCCCUUGGUCGUUGCUCUCUCCUAACACGCCCACAAGGACACGCAUACACGGUCAAAACAGUCACUACUUCGAGUCCCGUUACCUGCAUACCGUGACACCCGUUCAGGACCUCGAGAAGACAGGGACAGGGAGAAGACAGAGGCAGCAUCAUGCGUUGGCGGGACCACUACGCAAUGCUCUUACUUCUACUACUGCUUCUAGUACGACUGUCCCCGCUGCGCGCCUCCCCAAUGGUGGGAAAUACAGUGGAGGACGAACUGGUGGAGGAGGAGGAGAAGGGAAACGGACAGGAACUACAACCAAAGGAACCAAAGGAGAUGGACAACAAGGCUGAGAAUAGCAUCGGAUCGGACAAGAAAACCACUGAGACAAAGACACUGGAGAAGCUGGACGAGAAGGAAGUCGAGGAGGUGAAGCAGACGUUCCGAGUUCGUCCGGAGAACACUCAAGUCCGUAUGGGGGAGAACGUGUACAUGUGCUGCAUUAUCGACCACCAGCAAGGGAAGGCGCAGUGGACCAAGGAUGGCUUUGCUCUGGGCUUCAACCGCACCGUGCCCGGCUACCCUCGCUACCAGUACGUGGGGAACGAGACCAUUGGCGAACAUCACUUGGUUAUCCGCGGCGCCACGCUGGAGGACGAGGGAGAGUACGAGUGCCAGGUUGGACCCACCGCGACCCAGGAGGCUAUCUGGUCCGGCGCCAACGUGACUGUCAUGAUUCCUCCACGCAAGAUCGUCAUGGUUGGCUGGGGCGACGGAGCACUGGUCGAAGUCACGCAGGGAACCAAGCUCAAACUGGAGUGCCUUCUGAUGGACGCUAAGCCCGCCCCGACCGUCGCCUGGUACCGCAACACCCUCAGAAUCGACCCCAGCCACCAUUAUGAGAUGAUCGAGGAGUCCCAGCACAUGAAGAUGGUCAGCGUGCGGAGCUUCCUGGUGCUGAGGGCAGAGGCUGGCGAUGACGGACACCAGUACUCCUGCCGCGCCAUCCACCCCGCCAUCGUCUACUCUCAGCCGCCCCUCGUCGCCGCUAUCAGGCUGGCUGUCUUCCACCCACCUGGCCGCCCCGUCAUCAGCGAGUACAGGACCGGCCAGGUGUUGAGGGCCGGGGAGAACCGGAUUCUUGUGUGCCACGUGCUCGGCGGCAACCCUUCCCCUCGCGUCAUGUGGUACCGCCAUGGCAGACCCCUCAACCAGGAGGCCGCCGCUGCCGCCGCAAAGACCAACAGCCGAGGCAGAAGGAACGGCCUUGUGACCAGCGCGCACCCCGCCCGUCAGCUGAAGGCAUCCGGAGGCGUGUUCGUGAGCCAGCAGGUGACGGCGACGCGGGAGGAGGACGGAGCCGUGUAUGAGUGCCGUGUCAACAGUGACCUGCUGAACAAGCCCUACACUACCAACGUGACCCUCACCGUGCACUAUCCUCCCAGCCACGUAGAGGUUCGAGGCCCCGCGGCGGUGUCUGUGGGCGAGGAGUUCACCGUCACCUGCGUCACGGCGCCCGCCAGUCCGCCUGCCACCAUCAACUGGAUUGUUCACGGCAUCACCAUCACCAAGGGGAACUCCACCGUGACCGAAGACUACGAGGGCGGCUGGGUCACCACGUCUAUCCUAACCAAGCGGCUGGUGAGGACCCUCGAGACCCACGACAUGACGGAGGCCAACGUGGAGUGCCGAGCCGAACACCCAACGACGACCCGAACUGGAGUGAGGAGUAGCCACGUUAUCAAUAUCCUGGAGCGUCCCGGCGAGCCCCAAGUCGAGGUGGAGGGCAACGGGAAGGUGAUGAGCGGUGACGAAGUGACUCUGGUGUGUUCCUCGGCGGGCGGCAACCCAGCGCCUGAACUAACAAUGUACAAGGGCACUGAGCGACUCCAGGGCGUGACCGUGAAGACCGAGGGCGGCGUGACAUGGGCCAGGGUCAAGGUGGAGGUCAACGCUUCGGACAACGGCGAAAAAAUAACGUGUGAGGCCGCGAGUCUUGCCACCAGCAUCCCCAUCGCCGGCCAGGCCAUCCUCAAGGUGAACUUCCCGCCGUGGGAGGUGCGGAGCUGGGCCAACCCUCGCAGCGUGGAGGUGGGCCAUGUGGUGAAGCUGUCCUGUGAGUCUUCAGCCAGCGUGCCUCCCUCCGUCAUCAACUGGCACUCCCCCGGGGCAGCCCUCAGCCAGCCCUCCGCCAAGCACUCCCCUGGCCUGUUCGGCGGCACUGUCACCAAGUCAAAGGUGCGUGUGCGUGUGCGCGCCGAGGACCAGGGCCGCAUCAUCACCUGUGAGGCUGACAACGGUCUGGGCGUCACCGUGGCCACCAACAUCACCCUCGACGUGCUGCACGGACCAGUGUGGGUCUUCACGCCUGUCAAGUUUGUGGACGUGCCCGAGGGUGACGAUGUUGUUCUCACAGCGUCUGCAGAGGCUAACCCCGGCCCAGUGAAAUACAGUUGGUACCAAGGACAUCUGAAGCUGGAGGGAGUGGAGACCGAGACUGGCGACGGACUGCUGAAGCUCGAGAACGUGCAGCGAGACAUGGGCGGCAACUACAGCGUGACGGCCAGCAGCGUGCACGGGGCCAUCACCUCCUCCUUCACCGUGAACGUGCUGUACGCACCCGAGAACCUGUCGGUGCCUGAGCGUGUGCUGGCGGACCGCAACGAGACGGUGAGCAUCCAGUGUGUGGCUGACGGUAACCCCGCCCCCAACGUGACAUGGACCCGGGCCGCGGACAACACGAACACGGUCUUGGCAGCUGGCGUCGGCGAGGCUCAGCUGGUGAUCGACUGGGCGACCCCUGCCGACACAGGCCUCUAUCUCUGCCACGCCGCCAACGAGGUGGCCGCCAUCGCCGCCGCCGCCCGCACCGCCCUCGUCGUGCCCCAGGCCCCAAGCAGACCCAUCGCUGGCCUCGAAGAGUGGGAAGACGACCUGGACGAGGAGGACGAUAUGCUGUGGACGGGGCGGGCUUGGGCAGUGCUUGGCGGCGCCGGGGUGCUAGACUGCCGCGUGCAAGCCUCCCCACAGCCAAUCUUCAACUGGACAACCACCGAUGGCCGCCCUAUCGUCACGGGGGAGAAAUACCUGAUUCACUUCCCUCAGCUGAUGGACGACGUUGCGGAGUGGUCAUCCGUCCUGGAGGUGCGGGAUAUCACUGCCGAGGACUUCGCUAACUUCACCUGCACCGCCUCCAACUCCCUGGGCUCCCUCAAAAUCCCGCUCUCCCUGAACCGACACUCCCGCCCCGGCGCACCCCUCGUACUCAACGUGACGGUGGUGAGUGACUCCGGUGUUGUAGUGACGUGGAGCGACGCGACGGAUGGCCCCGCACCAGCCGGCUACACCAUCAGACUCCGCACUGACCAGCACCCUCAGUACCAGUUGGUUGACGUGCCAGGCACCAACACCAGCAGCUGGGAGGUGAAGGGCCUCACCACAGGGGCCAGGUACUCCUUCACGGUGCAGUCCUACAACCAGCAGGGCCGACCCUACCACACCUCUCCGCCCGUGGAGGUACUCAUGAGAGCCGAUUACGAGGCAGAGGACGAAACAUCAGAUGAGGCUGACAAACCCGACGGUGAAGCGAAGAAGCCCGAAGGCAUCUCCCUCCUCAUGUUCGUCCUCAUCGCUCUCACUGGAUUCGCACUCUUCGUUCUCAACAUCACCGGCGUGCUCUGCUACCUUCGCCGCCGGUCCUACUUCCAAGGACUCUCUGUCGGUUCUUCACGCAAAGACUCGGCCUAUGAGGUUCCUUCCCCAUCCUUGGUCGACCAGCUGUCGCUCAGUUCUACCGAGGACAUCCCACCCCCAGACUACGAGCAGGUGAUGGGAACCCUGAGCCGCGCCAGCUUUGGAGGAAGCCUAGUAGACGUGCGUCGCGCGUCAGGCUCCCGAGGCACUCCCUCCCUGGCCAGGAGCAGCCCCAUCGUCACCUCCUCCAGCACGAUAUCAGCGAUGCACGACCUCGAUAUCGACGAAAUCAUCGCCCCUCCGGACGACUUUUCCAAUGGACUCAUCAGUUUGCCAUCAGACGAAGCCCUGCCGGGACACAGCGAACGAGACUCCUGGCCCGACCUGGAUGACGACACGUCCCCGGACAGCCGCAGCGCAAGGACACCCGCCUGCGAGUUGCCGAUCACCCACCAGCCCACCCAUCACUCGCCUGAAGCUCCCGGCACCUCCUACGCUGCCGCCACCUUCCACCACAGCAUGGAAUCUCUGUCUCAGAUCCCCAUCCUCCCUCCACACACCACCACCCAGACCUACACCCUGCCCUGCCACACCCAGACCACCCAACAACCCUUCACCCAGCCCGGCUACACUUACCCCACCACCCAAGCUCUCACUAUGCCCGGGGCACCCUCACACGUCAUCUACCACGGACAGCCUCACCUCCAGCAGCAGUUCGAGCAGCAGCAGCAGCAACAAGAGCAAUAUCAACAGCAGCAGCAGCAAAUGGUCCUACAGCAACACCAGUAUUUCCAGUACCCGCAGCCUCAGAGUGGAGCCCAGGCCUUCGCUUACCCGACUCAGCCUCUGACCGCGGAGGAGCAGUAUUACCUGCAUCAGCAGCAGCAACAGUUUGCCUACCAGCCACACCCAUCGGAACCAACCACUCCUCUAACGCCCUCCUAUGCCAGCCUCGACCCCUCAACGCUGUACGCCCUCCACUCCACGAUGUUCAGUGACGGAUCUCGAUCUACCUCAUCAUAUUCGGACCAACAAACCGAAGGAUCUCCCCCCGUCCAGACCACAGAGAGCUUCCCCCACACCUAGACGUCACGCGCCCCCCUUCCUCGCAUCCCCUCGUCUGGAACACUGCCGCAGGAGUCCGCCACAACCCGCAGUUCACGCCACGUUAACGC